AUGGGCAAUUGCAUGGAGACAUACACUGUAAGCCCGAGGCAACAAGAUAUAUGGGAGGAGCAGCAAAAAGAAGAAAGUGGAACAUGCAAUGGAUUUGCAAAGAUUGAUGAUAAUGAAGGGAAGAAUGGUCUAAGGAUGAAAAUAGUGUUGACAAAAGAGGAGCUCAAAUGGUUGAUACUUCAACUCAAUGAGAAAGGAGGAAUGGGAGUGGAACAAGUGCUUAAAGGGAUAGAAAGAAGCAGAGAAAAGGUUGAGGUUGAGGGUUGGAAGCCUUCUCUAGAGAGUAUCUUGGAGGCUCCUGAAACGCUUGAGAUGGAUAGAUCAUUUUCUUAG